AUGGCUUGGGAUAAAAAAAUAUCUAAAAAUUUAUUAUUAAUCAUUGUGGCAAUAAUAGUUGCAACUAGUCUGCUCAUUAUCGGGCUGGUACUAAUAUUGGUGCAUGUUAAGACUGUUGGCACAGAAACUACAAUAGACUACACACAGUGUAAAGAUGAGUAUGCUCCAGACUACACCUGUGAUGUACAAGUUAGCAAAAAGAGGAUGCCACACUGUGUCUGUUACACAAUUAUUACUCUAAGUGAACCUAUCUUAGGGCCUGUUACUGUAUACUAUGAAUUGCCUGACUAUGACCAAACUCGUCCGGAAUAUGUGACUUCUAAGGAUGACGAGCAGCUCGCUGGGAAUCUGUCAUCAGUUAUUUCGCCAAAUUGUGGAAAUAAUUCGUACGCGGAUACUGAGGGCAAGAAACCAAUCGCUCCAUGUGGAGAAAUAGCUGAUUCUAUGUUCAAAGACCAAUAUACCCUAUUUUACAACGGCAGUAUUGUACCGUCGUUCAACACAGGAUUGAAUGGCAUUACCGAGGAGGACAAGAAAAAAUACCGAAAUCCACCCAAUGGUGAUCUGCAAGCAGCAUUUAAAGAUUUCGAGAAACCGAAAAGCUGGGAAAAAAAAGUGACGCUACUUGACCCAUUAGAUCCAAACAACAAUGCCUUUCAGAAUGAAAGAUUCAUAGCUUGGAUGAAGACAGAUAUGAAACGAAAGCCGGCUUUUCGAAUUAAUCAAACGGGGAUAUUUGAAGAUGGUCUGUUUGCAGGCAGCUAUAAGUUUCGUGUCAUAUAUCUACCUUCGAACUACAUAACCGGGCCACGAAUAGCAGUAAUAAGCUCUAUGCAUACCGUUGUCAAUAACGGCCAACUAAUCACGGGCAUACUACUAAUGCUUAUAGUCAUCAGUUCCACUUCACCAAAUGGGGCUCCAUUUGGUGAAGUGGAACUGAUAGCAAAUGCACUAGUUACUAUAUCGCUAAUCGAAUCGAAAUCGCUACCGGGUUUAUCUACUGAGUUUGAUAAUAUACCGUGGGAUGGCGACAGCAACGCGGAAGGGUUAUUACAGAGAGAAAAAGAAAACAUCUCGAUCGAUGUAACGGCACCUGGUUCGGAUAGUGAGGAUGACGUGAUAAGGGAAGGUGGAAGCCAAGUGGAACCACAACCACUAACGGUUGGAUCUGCCGGCAGUUCAUCGAUGAUAACUCGGCGAGUCGACUCGGCUCGACCGGUAACAUCGCCUACUCCAGGUGAAUCUGAUGAGGAGCGGAUUAUGGAGGCAGAGUCAGGCAGCCAGAACGAGCCAGCCGAAGAGCCUACAUUCCGUUCAAAGGAAUAA